AUGGAACAACGUCGUAUGUCUCGAAGACGACUGUCUGCGUACAGACCACAUAAUUGGCGAUACCCUAUCCAGGUGUUGCCAGUACAUAAUGAAAGAUUGUCACUCGAGCAGUUACCUGUGGUGAUCCUCGCAGCCAUUUUUGACCUUCUCAAGGUGGGUGAUUUACUCAAUGUUUGUGUUGCCAGUAAGUACUUCUACCUUCCCGCAGUGAUGCGCUUAUAUCAGCGUAUAGUUAUCACCAACAACUAUCUGCGAACUUACGCAGAUAAGUAUCUCAGCCGUUGGCUGUAUAAUAUAGGGACUUCCGUUCCACCUGGAAAUGUGGUCAAGUUGGCAGAUGUUGUGACUCGAAACGACAAAUUGGCGCUGCUUAUGCAUACACUCAUAGUCACAGAAAAAUGUGACAUCAUGCUGCUUCGCGAGAUCUUAACUCUGGCUAGUAUUAUAGACCUCUACUAUGUGGGAGACGAUCCUUUACCACAACGACUCCUCCACAACGUCAUCAGCCUCACCACGCUGAUUCAAGAACCAUUUAUUGCACCACUGCUUACUGAAUUGCACAUUUGCAAAACGGGCGACGACCCCCAUUCCGACAAAUAUCGAAGAUUAGCCUUAUCGAUGUUAGACAACGACACCUUUCAGAAUCUCCGAACAUUAGCAUUCGAGAACACGGACGACCGUAAUUUGAACACCCUUAAUCAGCUUAAUGAUGACAAUGAGCGUCCACUAGCGGGCUGGAUUCUGUUUUUUGAGGUAUUUGCCCAGCGUCAAACGUUGCUCCAAGUGACUAAUCUCAUUCUUGAGGGGUUUGUAAGGAGUUCAGGUGCUCAAAUUGCCCAAUUAAUUUCUCAGACAGUCAACAUGGACAACUUGAAUUCGUUGGCAUUACUGUGUACCGAGCUCUCCCAUGCCCAUGCACUGCAUUACGACAACGACACUAGUCUUUUAGAGAAUAUCACCAAACACACCAAGUAUCUUAGGGAGCUCUCAAUUUCUCCCACGGACGACUGCUUGACAUGUCAAGUCAAUGCAAUCAUAAACACGCUUAAGGUUAAUCUUCAUGGCCAAUUAAGAAAUCUUCUGGUUGUGUUUGAAUCGCCUAAUGCGUCGACUUCUGCCAAUGUGAAGUUGGCAAUAUUGCACAACCAAUCCAAGCUUGAAUUGCUUAGAUACAGAGACAAAACCACUCAGGGUGGACUCAAAUCCGAGGUAUACAGCUUGCUUUCAUCACGAACAUCUGAGUUGGAACAUGGAACCUUCUAUAACUAUCGAAUCCGAAAGGGCUUCUUUCCCAACAGCUUUACUUACAUGGGGGAUGUUCCAUUUUUGAGUGACCCACUCGUUACGCUCAUUGAAACCAUGGGCCCACAGAUUGCAGAGGUUUUGAACAAAGAUGACCUUUUAAGCCACGUCUCGAUGAUGCCUUCACUAGAAUUGUAUGAGUUGAUGGAUUUUCCAUUGUGUGUAAAGAGGCAAGGUUUCCUAGUCAAUGGAGAAGUGAUUCCAUACGGGGGACGAGUCUAA